CAGCAAAAUGGCGUCCGAGACUGCGCAGUACCGGAGAAGACGAGGACGGGCGGUGACGUUUCAGUGCAAGGACACCGCAUGCAUUUUUCCCCCCUCAGUUAAAAAACAUCUACGAUGUCGACCUGGUUUAUACGACGGAAAACAGACGAUAACGCUCGGAUUAAUGUUACACCGUCGAAAUACUUGAUCAGUUGGACCACGCAGAAGGAUGCUGUCUUGAACUGUUGAACAGAUAAAUAAAAAGUGGGAUCCUCCUGCCUUAUUAGAUGUCUGGGACCUGUUCAUGGCUUCUAAGAAGCAGAAAGGAAUGGUAUUCCAUCAGGAAGGGGCAACCACCCCUGUUGCGGCACCUGCCGCAGACCAUCCACCUGCUCGCUUUAUUGUUCUGAAACCAGGGAAGGCGAGCGAAGGCGGUAUGGAACAAAGCAUCCGUGUAACCAAUGAAGAGGCAUAUAUGGGUAAACCCAACAUGUACCCAUCAGAAGAACCCAUGAGGAAUUGUGGUGGACUUCCUGCUGUGAAACAUCCCACUAGUUCAAAACCUCAGCCGGAAAACCUGUCACCUGAUAGCAUCUGCAAAGGCAUCAAAGUUGUACUGGAUAACAAUAGCAUGUGGAACGAGUUUUUCAGAUGCAAAACAGAGAUGAUUGUGACUCAACAAGGCAGCAGGAUGUUCCCUUACUGCCGCUUUCGCAUCUCCGGCUUGCAGCCAUCUAAGAAGUACUCUUUGAUGAUGGACAUUCAACUUUUAGACAACAGUUGUUACAAGUGGACCGGCAACAGCUGGCAAGUUGCUGGAAAGGCAGAGUGUCAUGGUAAGAGUCAACCAUUCGCUCAUCCAGAGUCUCCAUCAAUGGGACAACACUGGAUGCAAAAUCCAGUGUCCUUUUACAAACUGAAGCUCACAAAUAACGUCUCAGAACAAGGGGAGAACACCAUUCUGCAUCCAAUGCACCGCUACUUGCCACAACUGCACGUGGUCCAAACUGACAACGCUGCUAAAGACAUAAAUCUAAAUGGUCCCAGUGUUGUCACAUUCACUUUCCCCCAGACUGAGUUCAUGGCAGUCACUGCUUACCAGAAUUCAAGGCUUUCUCAGCUUAAAGUCGACUACAAUCCAUUUGCUAAAGGACUGAAGGAGGAGGGCUCCAGUUUGUGGGGCCUAAAGCAGAAAUUGAACUCUGUUAAAGACUCGAACAAAGAUGGAGGCACAACAACCAACGAGCAACAUGCUGUGAAGAAGAGCUUGAAGUCUUUGCUCGCUAACCAUAAACCUAGAAGCUCAAAAGCAGUGGAGGCAAAGCCUUCGGGUUCAGGUGACCUCCAGAAGAAUUCCACUACAAACGAAGAUCAAUCGGCUGCAAAUGUCACCGGGGAAUGCAGCAAUUCACUUCCAGCUCAGAAGUUAUUUUCAGAACUUAUUCGGGAGGCUCAUGUUUCACUGCAUAGAUGCAACCUGGAGCAGAUGGGCACCAAUAACAGCACCUCUCACAUAACUGCACAAACCAACACUAAAACCCCAGCUUUGAAAAGCAAUGAACAAGAUGUUCCCAAAAAGGACAGUAAAUCUGUCAAAACACAAAGCGAAACAUCACCGGCAAAGAAAUGUGAAACGGUUGUAACAAAGAAGAAAGUUGAGGAGAAUAAGGACCUUUUGAAUUCAUUGAACUGCAAAGACAAUGUAAGUAUUGAUUGUUCUGAGUUCAAUAAUGCUGCUCCAGAAGUGUCCCAGAACUCCUCUGUGGAAUCAGACCACCAACGUAAGCCCAAAGCUCCAUCAGAAGUAAAAGUAAAGCAGCAAAAACGACCAGCGCCUCUGCCUCUGCCAGCUCUCGCUCUUUUUUUGAAACAGCAUUCGACAAAAUCUAAAAUGGCCAAGAGCAAGCUGGACUAUCCUGCCCCAGCACUCCCAUCUGAGAUUCUGUCUGAUUCACAGAGUUCUGCUGCAGCUCCUAAAUGUCCACCUUCUGAUCACUCCAGCAAAGCAAUUGGUCCCUCGAAGGACCACACCAGUGAUAUCCCAAAAUCCGACAUCCAGGCCUCCGGACAUACUGGUGCACAUCUUCAUCCAGAUGAAAUAGUUUUAAAUGUUACUGGACAAACAGUUGAAACCUCCCAUAAGCUUUCCAGUCCAUCAUGUCCAGGUACUAAUGCUACUAAAGAUCCAAACAACCUAAGAACUGAUGAUUUCAUGGCUUCUGUUUCAGUUGCUGAAAGCACAGGCCCAGAGAGACGAAAUGGUACACCAGUGUUACCCAACUUAGAUCAGCCAUUUUGUACCCUUGGGACAUCUAUAUCCACCAUUUCCUCAACUCUUGCUACCUCUUCUGCUUCUACCAUUUUGUCACCACCCCUUGACACAGUGUUACCUGACCGGAACUCACCACAAAUACCAACUUGCACUGAGUCUUCCACACUACCUUCAGACUCGCCAAUUAAGAAGUCUGAUUCUUUGCUACCUGAUCCUGAGUGUUCUCCAUUUGGUUUCGAAGAUAUGUCACCUGCAAGGUCUCCAGAACCUUUACCUUCCCUGCCCAUCUCGUUAGCUUUAGAACUUGACUACACUACUUCUGAGGCAACUCCCCAAGCAGUAUCUCCUGAAGAGUUGCAUCACAGCGAAGCAUCUGUGUUUCAAUGGCAUACAGUGUUACCUUUACCUAAGCCGUACAUAGACACUUCAUUCACAACAUUUCAGCCCACACCACACAUUCUUCCUUUAGCAUCUGUUACAUCACCUGUGUUGCCUUCCCAAACUCCCCCCCACCCUGAACCACAGGCUAUUAAGAUCUCCACAUCCAUGGCUCCCCUUGAUGCCACUCCAUCAUUUCAAGAAAACGAACAGCCGCUGCCCUUCCCUGACGAAUAUUCCCCCCUCGCGCUUCAGUUGCCGCUGUCUCCAACCUUUUCUUCAUUAGAUGGAGACGGAUUGUCACCUACGCCUUCAAUUGCCGACCUUGUGCACUUUUUCUCCAGCGAUCAUGACCUUGGGAUGGGGGUAGAGUUUUCAAACACAGAGGCAUUGGCUGUUUCCUGCCCAACUCCAUGUACAGUAGAAGCAAAUGAACAUGAGCCUUCUCAGCAGGUGCAACCAAACCCAGCCAACAAACCCUGCAAGCGCAAAAAGAUGUCCCGGCAGCGAAAGAUUGCGGAUAUAGAUCAGGAGAUAGAUGCCUCCACGCACGCUAGAAUGCAGCCCAGCCUGGAGGAAGUGGAGGAGCAGUUAUUUAUCUCAUUUACAUCAAAGGAGGCCCUCAAACUUCACAUUGCGGACUCCUCUGAUGGAACGGUCUCACAGCCUCAGACGACACCUGAAGGUCCCCUGCAACAAAUUGCUGACGCACCUGAGAACGUAGAGACAGCAGAGGGUUUGGUGAAGAUCACUGCCUUUGAGAAGAUUCUUCUGAGAGACUUAAAGCUGCUGAGACACAGACAGGUGAUCCACCCUGUGCUGCAGGAAGUUGGUCUGAAGAUGAGCCUGCUGGAUACGACUCUGGCCAUAGACCUUCAGUACCUGGGAGUCCGUCUGCCUGUCCCUCCUCCUGGAGUCUCUCUGGAGCCGCUGGCCAAGAAGCUGCCACCACCUCAAGGUGUUUCUGCAGCGUUUGUGUCCAGAACAGGAAAAACAACAGAUGUGACUCAGAUUAAAGGUUGGCGAGAGAAAUUCACUCCAACAGAGGCUCCGUCCACUCCGACACCAACCAAACCUGAAGCUGGUCCCAGUUCAGAUCUGCCAAAGAAGAACCUGUCUGCGUUCUGCAGCGAUAUGUUGGACGAGUAUCUGGAGAGUGAAGGGAAGCUGAUCGAUGAGCGAGCCGACAGCUUCUCUCAGCCUCUAGUGGAGCCGAUCGUGUACGAUCUGCCAGCGAGGAGCACCAGUUACGUCCGAACCCUUGACAGCGUCCUGAAGAAACAGACCGCCAGCUCCCCCACCUCAGACCUCAUUUCUGGAUUCAUCCCCCCCUCCAAGAGACCCAAACUCUCCCUCAGAGAGACCAAAACAUCCAAGAAAGAAAAGCUGAAACUGAAAGUUCCAAAAAACAUUAAACCCAAAGCAGAACCAGCUCCAGGUUCAACACCUGCACUCAGUCCAGCUGAAUCAAACCCGGUCCCUAAAAAACCUGCAGUCCUGAACCCAGCAGCCCCCCCUUCAUCAGAGCACACAGCACCCAUCACUGAACCUCAAAAAUCAAAGAAAGACCACCUGAAAGUCCGAUUCGGCCCCACACGACCAGUCACUUUAUCUUCUCAACCCAAGCAGAGGAAGAUGCUCAAACUCAAGCCCUCGUCCCAGACCCUCAGCCCACACAAGCCCAGGACCCCGCCGCCUGGCGUCUCAGAGGACAUGGCCCCGGUGGAGUCGGACUCUGAGCUGAGGACUGCCGUGGAUCAAAGCACUGAACCCUGCAGGAAGGACGGCAUGCCCGUGAUGACCCGAGCUCUGCUCAGACAGAAGAACCUGGAAGAUGGCGUGGUGUGGGACGGCCUACCCCGGACCAGCAUCACUGAGGAGAGGGCCUCCAUCGCAUUGACGUCACUCUUCACACUAAAGGGUUUCGUCAGUGAGAACCCCACCGCCCCCAUCCAGCUGGUCCGGAGACAAGCUCCUCCCUGCAUGAAUGAGUUCUGCAGGCUGGGCUGCAUCUGCUCCAGCCUCUCUCACUGCUCCAGGAUCAGCCACUGCGGCCGGCCUCCCUGCAUGCUGGGCUGCAACUGCCUCAAACAGAAGGUGGUCCUCCUCAAGAACCUGGAUGGCUCCGACUCCAGCCCCACCCAACAAGGAAGCAACAAGAAGAGGAAGAGGAGGAUGAAGAUGGCCUACGUCCUGAAGGAGGCGGACAGCGUUUCCCAGCCUGCCGAGCGGGUCCGUACACUGUGGAAGAGGGAGGCUGGCGACUCGGAUCCAGACCCAAUCCGCACCCCUGGACCAGCACCUCUGACCAGCCCCACUGAGAGAGAAGAUGACAACAGCAGCUGUGCCAGAGUCAGAGCUUACACCGAGGAGAAGAAGAGGAGCAGGAAACAGAAGAGGAAGGAUCUGCCGGAGACUUGUGAAAAGCCAAUGGAGACGCCUAAAGAUGUAAAGCCUAAACUAGUUCGGCUGAAAUCUUUGAAAGGGAGAGACUUGACACUGAAGGACACAAAGACCAAACUCUCCAUUCCUCCACCAGCAGGUGAUCCAGUUCAGCCGGCCGACCGGCCCCCAAGUCCUCCGGCUGAGUCGCCCCCAAGUCCUCCAGCUGAGCUGCCGUCGAAGCCGCCGUCGAAGCCGCCGUCGAAGCCGCCGUUGAAGCCGCCGUCGAAGCGCCUCAUCAUCAUGGCGCAGUGUCAGUGGGCGAGGCAGGGCGACCGUAACAUCUUGAUGAAGAAGCUGUGCAAAGCCAUGGCUCGGGACAAACUGGAAAAACCUUUCUGGAUCAAAAAGUAUCUCAUCUGUCCGAUGAGUCAGACUGUGGAGGAGAGCGGCGCAGACCGCUGCAUCCAGUACAAGAUGCACAUCUCCAGACCCAAUAUGGAGGGGGGGAAACCAUCGAGACACGGGAGACCAAAAAUACAGAGCAAGCAGAAGGAGACGAAAAAACAGCAGGAACCCCAGACAGAGGUGGCCAUGGAGGUGGAGUCUAUUGAAGAUUGGCAGCGAGAGGUGGAGGAGGAAGACUGGGAGGAAGAGGGGGAGGAAGAGGCGGAGCCACUUGAAGAUUGGCAGCGAGAGGUGGAAGAGGAAGACGAGGAGGAAGACGGGGAGGAAGAGGCGGAGCCACUUGAAGAUUGGCAGCGAGAGGUGGAGGAGGAAGACUGGGCGGAAGAGGCGGAGCCACUUGAAGAUUGGCAGCGAGAGGUGGAGGAAGGUGACAUUGAGGAGGAGGCGGGAAAAACAGAUCACCAAGUGCAUGAUGGGAGAGAGAGCAACAGAGAGGAAAUUAUAUCAAAGAAGAAGAAAGAGAUAAUGGUCAGUAUGGGUCUGCCGUUCCUGACAGGAGUCUCCCCCGCCGGCAUCCUCUCAGCCAAUACGAAGCAGCCGGGAAGAACAGAUCCCGUGAUUGAGGUUAAUGGGAAACCCUAUCCUCUGGCGAAGAUCCAGUUGGGGAAGAUGGGAGCGCUCCAUCCCGCCAACCGGCUGGCAGCGUAUCUCACAGGCCGGGUGGGGUCCAACAGGAAGCAAGCAGCUUCUUCUUCAUGCCCCUCUAAACCUCCUCAGAGUUCAGGACCGACCCCCCCGACCAUCUCCUCGGCUUCCUCUGUGGUGUCCGACCCCCCGCCCAGAUCUCAGCCGUCAGUCACAACUUCACCCACAGACUCUCAGGUGAGCAGCUCUGGGGCUCCACCUGAGAGUCUGGCUCCUAAAGCCUCUCAGGUGCUGAUGCGUCAGGUCUCUUGUCCUGGGACGCAUUCUCUACCAGCUCUGCCCCCCAACGCUCUGCCCCCCAACGCUCUGCCCCCCAACGCUCUGCCCCCCGGCGCUCUGCCCCUCGGCGCUCUGUCCCCCUCCUCCGGGAAGUGGGUGAAGCUGCAGCCGGUCCAGACAGCGUCCGGCUGCCACUACUACCGCACACCAGACGGUAAACUGGUCCAACUGGUUCCCCUGAGCCAGCUGAGAUCAGUCAUCCCGAACCCGUCUGCUCAGAAAGCGUCCCCUGCUGCGUCCCUUCAGACUCCAGUCGUCCCCGUUGGUAACCAAACACCACCUCGGACCACAGUACCCACCCCCUCCUCCUCCUCUUCUUCCUCCCCCUUCUCGCUGUCCGGCUUCCAAUCAUUCUCCGUGUCCCCCCUCACCUCCUCUCUCUGCCGAACCCCCACCUUUCUGUCUCAGAAGGGGAAAUGCUCCUUUAAAAUCUUCCGCCCUAAGUCUAGGAGGGAACCCAUCGUCGUCACCUUUGCUAAAGGUCCCACCAAGGUGGCGGCAGCACCCUGCUCCUUCACCCUCAUCCAACCUCAACCCCCCACUGCCGCGACCCCGAUGAACCUCAUCUCCCUCAAACCCUCUACGAACCAGGGGGCCGAGCUCGGGGUCAAAACGGUGGCGGUGUCUGCGGCACCGGUGGAUCCUGAUGGAGACCAUCAGAAACCUGCCACCCAGACGCCUGCAGGGAUCAGACCCCCACUUCCUCCUCCAGCAUCGCCAAGGACAGAGGUCACACUUGUCCCCCCACCGGAGCUGGCCUGCAAACUGAUGGACCUGGACAUCAUCUGUGUGGACAACGACACGGGGCACGCUACCACGGAGAAGUCGGGCGGGGAGAAGCAGUCCGUGGAUGUAGUGAAGGUGGAGGAGCCGAGCAGCGAGACGGAUACCUCGUCAGACUUUGGCGACGAGUUGGACAGCGAAGAAGGGACGGGGCCGAUUAUCAACUACCGUCACCUGCACAACGCGAUGGAGAAGCAGCGUCGGGGGAAGUUGCGGCAGCUGUUUGAAGGUCUGAGUAGAGAAAUGGGACUGAGGGAAGAUACUUCAAAUGUCUCCACACUGAAUAAGGCGGUGAAGUUGAUCCAGCAGCUGAGGACAACCGAGACUGAUCUACAGGAGAAGAAGAGGAGGCUGACGAAGAGCAGGGACAUGUACCUCACCACCAUCACUCCAACAACAGACAUCAAUGUGCUGGAGGCGAUGGGUCUGUUGAACAACACGGACGAGCUGAUGGAAGACUUGGCGGACGAGGAGAGCAAGUCGACCAACGUCAUCCCCGUCACUAAAGCGGAGGAUGGCGCUCAGAGUGUUGCCAUGGAGACGGUGAAGGAGAGCAGUCAGCUGAACGCGACUCAGAGGCGGCUGGCGAGGAUCAUGAGGAACUCGCAAAGCAGUUUGAGCGUUCAGGGCGACACAGACGCCUUCAAAGCUCUCGGUUCAGUCAUGAACUCCCAAAACUCUCCAACGACACUCAAGCAGGAGAUCCACACGCUGCAGAGUGAGAAGGCGAGACUGAAGAGUCUGAAGAUCUGUCUGGUUGAGCAGAGAGACGCCUUCAUCAGAGAGAUCGCCCAGAUAUCAGGUAAAAGUAAGCAGAAAAUCCAGAGGAAGCUGCAGCACCUGUCGUCCAAACAGAGGAAGGUGGAGAAGCAGGAGCGCCGUCAAAUAGCCGGUCAGCUGUCAGACUCGACUGAUGACGACGUCAUCACAUCCUCUAACCUGAAGCAGCAUGCUGCACAAGCUCCUCCUACUCCUGUGUCUGCCCCGCCCACCGCCACACCUGCAGCCACACCUGCCCAAACACCUGCCCAGCCGCCUCAGAGUGUCCUGCAGGCUUUGACGCCCAUCCUGGUUCCUCUUGGUGUAUCCCACAAUGCAUCAGUGGUGAAUGACAGGCUGAGGACGGUUCCCAACAUCCUGUCUCGCAGUAAGAAACCAGCGGAGCCACCAUACUUUCAGCCUAUGUUCCAGUUGGUAGGUACUGCGUUGCCGGGGCAACAGGUCCUGACCCUGAGCCAGAUGAUGGUGGGACCGGCGGUGCUGCAGACGUCUCCUACGCCAGGCGUGGCUUCAGUCACCCUCAACCUUUCCAGUCUGACCAAUCAGAAGAUCCAUAUCACCUCACUGCCCCACCCCCCAACUGACAUAAACAACCUGCUGCAGGUGGUUCAACCAUCAACUACACAAUACCAAAUGCAACAACAGCCACAACAAAUACAAAUUCUACAACAACACACACAACAACAACCACCACCUUCCCAGCAGCAGCAGGUCCCAGCAGGUCAGCCUUCAUCUCGAGCGGAUCCCACACCUGAGCCCUGCUCCUCAUCGUCCCCACCCUUCACUCGGGGCCCGUCGUCCUCUCAGUGCCCAGGUCCAAGUGCUGAUCGUUUGGCUGAGGUCCCAGCGGUGGAGGGGCCUCUGGGGGCGGAGCAGCAGCAGCAGCAGCAGGAGGAGGCGAACCGAGACGACGAGAGUCUGACCUCCCUCCUCAAUGAGAUCGUCUUCCUCAACCAGCAGACAGUCACCGCAGCCACGACAGACGGCGUCCUGUCAACGGGAAAAACAUCCUCUGAGGACACGGCAGCAGAGGACGGCGCCAAGGAGCAGGAGGGACACGCUCACAGCCCCUGGCUCCUGGAGCUAGACUCAGACUCUGAGGAGACGACACAAAGCGAACGACAGCAGGCUGGACAUGCCACUAAAGGGGGAGGGGGCGUCCUGGCUCCACCCCCUCUGCUACAGAUGAAGGUGGGUGGGGCCGACAAGGAGGCGGACCCCGCCAGCAGUGAUGAGGAAGAAGGAGGAGGAGGGAAGAGAGAUGGCGGCAUGGCCUGGAGGCCGAUGCCAAGACUGGUUCCUCUGGGGCUGAGAGGAAACCCCCCCAGCUGAUGAUGUCACAGCCUGAUGAUGAUGUCACAGCAGGAGUUAUAACCUCAUUGGUCGUCUGCAGGCUGCUCGGAUUAGCUGUUUUAGUUAUGCUUCAUUUCAGCAACAGUUUGUGGCUGGUAAAACAGAAACACCUGACAAACCUGAGGGCCAAUCAGAAGCCCGGCCUGCUGUUACCUUGACGACGAUUAAGAGUGUUUCAUUGGUCGUUUACAGACGAUCAGAUAUUAUGUUCACUACAUUUUUAUUUAUUUUUACAGUUUUCUGAAUUGACUCUCUUCAGCUACGUCCUCUUGCGUUUCAGUUAAAGCUCCGUCUAAAAGUGGCAACGUGCAACCGGCGCAACUUUUAGGAGAAAAGUUGACAAUUCACAGUUGCCAUGGAAGUUGCUCUUUCGUCUCAUCAUAGGAAGAAUGUUGCCGGAAGAAAUUUGAGUCCAUGUUUUCAAUUGUUGUGAAUCAGACACCUGCUGAGUGUUGAGUGCGGACGGUCUCUCAUUUCAAGGAUUUACAUUGAAAUGAUUUCAGUUUCCUUCGGUCAUGUUCAGAUAUUCUGUCAUCUGACAAGAAAAGGUUUUUAUUAAACGUCUGAACGCAGCAGCUGCUGUACAAAUACUAAAGUAUUUCCUUUUUUUUAGGAUAUUAAAAGAGUCGAGUUCAGUCUGUGUGUAGAAAAGUUGCUCAUGUUUAAACAAUAAAAACACUAAGGUUGUUUACAGCCUUACCUGGGCUCACCUGUACCUGCUCAGUGUUCACAGGACAAUUAAAGGACCAGUCUGAUGUUUUAAAACAUCAGCGCGCUCUGUUACUUCAGACGACGCUGCUUCUCUUUGUGUUGAUGUUUGUACAGUGUACAGUUGGGUCGAGGAUUUUGUUUUUUAUAUUUGUAUUUUUGUACGUAUUAAAGAACCUCGGAUGUAAAUAUAUGUAGUCUGUAGGAAGACGCCUCACAUUACAUUACAUAUACUCUAAUAUACCGUAAAUAAAGUUUAAAUACGAACCCCUGA